UCCCAACCCUAAUCUUUCUUCACCAAGUCACAAACACUCCAAAUCUUCUCAUAAACCCUAAUUUUUCAAUCUCCUUCUUAAUCUUUCAACUAUGGCUUCCUACACCGUUAUGUUGAUGCUUUUCGCUACAUUGUUGGUGAGUUCCACCAUCGCUCAAUCUCCAUCAUCAUCACCGACCAAAUCUCCCGUUGCUACUCCACCAAAGGCUUCACAGUCUCCAGCGGUUUCUCCCUCCGCUACCUCACCGGUUUCUUCUCCUCCCGUCCCUGUGAAAAGCGCUCCUACUCCUUCACCAUCCGCCAUCAACUCUCCACCAUCUCCUUCUCCUGUCGCCGCUGAUUCUCCUGCCGCCACUCCUGCUGCUGUUACUCCAUCAUCGAUCUCUUCUCCAUCUGAAGCACCAUCACCAAAUGAGAACUCUGCUGCUUUGAACAGAUUUACCUUCGCCGGAUCUGCCGCUGUUUUGGUUUUUGCUGCGGCUUUGAUGAUGUAGAGAGUUACUGAGUUUUUUUAUUUUGGUUUUAACUGUUAAUCACGAAUAUACAUGGAUCGUGUGAUUUAUUUUGUUGCUUUUUCGAUCUGUGUGACGAUUCAUUCAUUCCAUUAUUUUAUGUAAUCUACUCCGUAUUUAUUUUUAAUUUUAAUGAGCUAUACAUUUUAUUCUUUUCAA